UCCUUCACCUUUUUUGGCAUUUCCAUCAGAAAUAAGAACAGCACACCAGCUAGUGAGACCGAUUUUGGUGGCUAUUGAAUAUUUAAUCUUCUAUCAAAUCCCAAAACUCUUCAUUUCAAUCACCAUGAGCUGCAAAAAUGUUGCUCAGCUGAUCCUGCAGCACAGCAGGCAGUUUUCGCGUACUGCUGUAACUUCCUCUGGAGAGGUUGCAGCAGGAUAUAAGCAGUUGAAACAUAUUCAGGCGAAAUUUCAGAAGCCUGAUGGAAAGCCUGUGUUCCUGAAAGGAGGCCCGAUGGACAAUGUUCUUUUUUCGGUAACUGCAGUGCUCAGCAUUGUGGGUUUGGCUGGCAUCGGCAAAUUGUUGUACGAGUUGAGCUACCCUAAAAAAGAAUAAGGAUACUCUAUGUGAUGCACUAGAUUCGCCCCGUUAUGAAUGAUGUCGGAGAGCGCUUUCUAAUAUGCACGCUGUAGUGAAAAUUUAUUGUAGAAAUGAUAUUUAUGUGCUAAACAUUGCUAGACGCAUGUGUGUGACGGAAGCCCCAACUAAUUUACCCCAACACCUUGUGUAACACCCGUCAUAAGGGUCGAUAAGUGAUGCAACAUUGAACGAAUGAUUCCAUAAACCAUGCAGUUAAACAAUUAUUCGUGCAUUUAAUAGCAAAUAAAUAUGUGUUUUGAACAAUAAUUGACAAA